GGGAUAAACAUGACAUUCAGGUUUCUCAUAUUGUUUUUUUUUUUAAUUCCAAACUGCUGUCUAGGGCUUUUAUUCCAUGGUCAAUCAAGUACUUCUAACUCAUCGGCAGACGGACAAAAUGGAAAUAAACUCGAUGAUUCUUUAAUUCACCAAUUACUGGCAAAGGACAUUGCUGCUCUUGAAAAUAAAUUAUCGGGACUAGCUCAGAAGGUUGCCACUUUAGAGCGGACUAUUUACGACGAUGAGAUACAAAAUUUUACACAGGAAAUAAAUAAUAUCAGAAAACAGACAAAACUUUGUGAGCAAAAACUUCAGGCAUACGAAGAACGAGAGGCAAACGACACAGUGAAGUGGCAGAAUAUCAUGAACGUUGUGGACAAAUUUAAAGACCAAGUUCGUUACGCAGCAGUGUCUCUUUUGGAUGUGAGUGAGAAAACCAAAGAAAUUAAUUCUUCAUUGACCAGUGUAAUCGGUAAUCUUACAAACUUACAAGGGGAUGUAUCUACUGUCCAGUACAAUGUAUCCAAUCUUUUCAGCAUCCUAAACAGUCUUCAGGUGCAACUUUCAGAUUCUUCUAAAAAAAGUGGCCUUCAGCGCAGGAGUGAGAUCUACUAA